AUGGACAGUGGAGUGACGACAGGCCGUUCUGUGGCUGAAAGCAGGUUCAACCUUUACGUUGGGAAAAGACACAGCCAUGUGUUCAGGAGGAGAAGAAUCCUUGGCAAAGUGUCAAAAGUUUUUUCCCUACAAACAGGGUCGCUAUUGUAUGGAAAUAACAUCUGCUGUUUGUGGAACACCUCCGUGGAUCUUACGAAUAAUCAAAUUAAGAAUAUCGAGAAAGAAGAGCUUGAAAACUAUGAACAGCUAAUGCUAUUAAAUCUGACUAACAACAGAAUAACUUCAAUAAACGAAACAACCUUUCAAGGAUGUAACGCUCUGGUUGGUCUUAAUUUAGAAGGGAAUCCAAUYCACCAGAUAAAUGGACAACCUUUUCUCACAGGAGUAGUUCACGUAUUGACAUUACGACAGUCAAAACUCUUUACUAUCAGGGAUAACGUAUUUAAGUCAUAUUAUUUGAAAACUCUAGAUUUAUCGAUGAAUUACCUCACUACAAUCAAAAGAACAACCCUGGGAUAUAUUAUGAAACUGGAAGUACUGUUUUUGUCAAGUAACAAUAUCUCUACCAUCGGGGAUGCGGCUUUUGCAAGUUGYCCAUUUCUGGAGAAUUUGUUUCUUGAAAACAAUCAGCUUCGCGUCAUCACUUCCAAAAUGCUGUACCAAGCUCUACGUCUUGAUAUAAUAGUUCUUUCCAACAAUCCCCUUGAGACCAUCGAACCUGGAGCUUUCUCUUCCAACAAUAAACUCACAAUGAUAUCAACACUGAAUCAACCUCCUCCUGUGCUUGUGUCACGUGACUCRCAAGCUGCCUUAGAGAACUCAGGCUACGUUUGUCGCCUUGAAGUGUYGGCUGGUUACGCCAAGUGCUAUCCAUGUGCACCAGGCAGUUUYAAACUGGGAACUCGCUGCAUGGAAUGUCCAGUUGGAGGGUUUUAUCAGGACUCUAUUGCGCAGUUUAAGAUCUACCCUUAUGGCAAUGGUUGCCUGGAGUGUCCAAUAGGYUCGUUUGUAAGCUCAGACGACGCACCAGGGAGAGCAGAGAGUGAUUGUUCUGUUUGUCCACUGGGUACUGACCUUACAAGGAAGUCUGGGUACCAAGCUUGUCUAUGUCUGACCAAUCACUAUCGACUUGAUCGUUUUGGCCCCUGCCUGCAAUGCACCAAGGGAUACRUAUGCCAUAACGAUUCAGUCAGUUUAUUAAAKGGUUUCUAYUGGCACUGGCCCAGUAACAGUUCGCUURAACUCUACAACUCUUUUACUGAAAAUCUCCAAAGGCGCGGAGUUCUCUACGACAASAGUCUGRCYAAAUACAAUAGGUCUAUUCCUAAAGCAUAUGCGUGCCCCAUGGCUCAUUCAUGUAUAGGAGGACUCGAGUCCAAGUGURCGAGGGGUUAUAAGGGYCCSCUCUGUGCUGUCUGUAGCCAAGGCUUUUACCAUCUCAUCUCAAGRUGUCAGGAAUGCCCCACACUACCAUGGAUCGUAGCCCAGAUUGUAAUCAUGUUCAUAGUUCUUGUGAUUCUCCUUGUGGUGGUUUGUUAYCAACGGAAACAGACAACUUCCUCUACAAGAUCGACGUCUGACAUGAUACUUGCUAAACUGAAGAUUGUCAUAGGGUUCUAUCAAGUGACUUCUGGAACAUUGGAAUCAUUUACAUAUGUCGCUUGGCCACCUGCCAUCAUGACACUYGCAAAGUAUGCCAAGAUGAUGCAGCUUAACCUUCUUCAAAUUGUCCCUUUGGGUUGCCUGAGUGAUUCUUUUGCYGUCGAUGCGUAUUCGAAUCUUGCCUUCAUUAUGACUUUCAACGUAUUGGUCAUCGUUACUUGUGGGAUGUACUUCUUAGUGAAAACACUCCUGGCUCUAAACAACAACCAGAUUGAGGAAGAUAAAAGGAUCGUCGUGCAGAGGGAGACCAAAGCAAGCAGCUUAAGGGUUGCUUUCGUAUUUCUGUUCAUUACUUACCCAUCAACUUGUGUUCAGAUCUUCCAAAUGCUUCCACAAACUUGCCAUGAAGUUUGCACGGGACCUGACGCAAACAACUGCGAUUCCUAUCUGAGAUCAGACUAUUCGGUAAAGUGUAAUGACGACAAGUACAAAAAUCUUCGGCCUUUGAUUUAUCUUCUUGUUGCUUACCCUAUUGUUUUUCCUGUCUUCUCUCUUUUYCUUCUUUGGAAGUACCAGCACAAAGUUGGAGCCGUCACAAAAAAUACGAGCACCAAAGAAGACACCCAGGUCAACCUACCACGACAAAAUGCAGUAUCCAUGGGAUUAAGAUUUCUUUACGAGAACUACUCAGAUGAAUGUUGGUUUUGGGAGGUAACAGAGCUGAUGCGCAAGGUUCUUCUUACAUCAGUCAUGUCGYURAUGGAUUCYGAAAGUCGUACCUACCUUGGUCURUCCUCCAUMCUCUCUGGCUUGUUCAGCGUAUUCUUUGCCUACAACAAGCCCAUUCCAGAUUUGUUUGAACACUGGUUACAACUAGCGUCUYUACUGGCCACUAGUGUUAAUAUGACGGCCGGYUUACUGCUCAAGAUACCUACACAAGAAACGACGUCAGGUCUGAGCGGGRAGAUCGAAGAAAUCGGUGUGACUGCACUUCUUCUGUUUGCCAAUGUUUUUGUUGUUGGAAUGUUAGUYGCUCAGUAUGUCGUAUCAGUUGGACAAAUCGCUUGGAAAUUCAAAAGCAACCCUCGAUGUUCUGUCGAAUGCUGUUUCAUGCUGUUUCUGACCCUCAACGAAGCUGGUGGAGAGGCUAGUGGAGGGAAAACCAUCUCAGGGCUCAGUGCAGURCAGUUAGAACAGCUUGAUCAGAUGGCAGUACCAACGAUGGAAAAAAGGAUUGACAAGCCUGACGAACUGGAAAUGAAAGGCCCGAGUACCUCUUGUAGCCGUGUCGUUGAUACUUCGGGUAGUCACGUGACGUCCAUCAAGUAAUUAAUUAUAUAGCACCAAGACUUCGUCACUCGUAAAAC